CGCUGUUUCUGCAGAAGCACGGGUUGGAUGUUUUCCUGCCCUGGGCACUGAAGUAUGGCUGGUCUGGGCACGAGGCUCUGGCUGCUCCAGGUGACCCUCUGGCUGCUGCCUCUGCUCACAGGUGGGAUCCCAGCAGACAAGAACAGCACCGAGAACAGCACAGAUGGCAUGUGUCCCCCGGUGCACCAGAACGUGCGGUACGUGGCCGUCAAGAAGAACAUGCCCAUCUACUUCAUCUGCUACUCCCAGGAGCCCCAGCUCAUGCAGUGGUACAAGACAGCAGAGGACAGGGAGGACCUCUCCGUGCUGGAUCAGAACACGGCCAGCUACCACAUCGAGAGGACGAACAGCUCCAUCAACCUCACCCUCCUCAGGACCAGCUCUGAGGACAGCGGGAUCUACGUGUGUGACAGGAAGGGCCUGGUGCAGAAGGAGAAGCUGCACUCGUGUGGGACAGAGCUCCGGGUCAUGGGUACCAGCAGCAUCAAGCAGUACCAGAACAGGAACACGCUGAAGGACGCCAUCAUCAUCAUCCAGUCCAUCCUGCUCGUCGUCUUCAUCAGCAUCCCCAUCCUCCUCUUCCUGGAUAAGGCAAGUGACAACAAGAAGAGCCCAGAGGAGGACCACACCUAUGAGGGGCUGGAGGUGGAGCAGAUGGCCACCUACGAGGACAUCACUCCUUUCCGGGAUGUGAAGGCCAAGUGGACAGUGGGGGAGCACCCAGGUGAAGAGUGAGGGGUCCUGUGCCCCCUGCCAGGCCCUGCCAGCACCCAGCCAACCCCCGUGGGGACAGAUCCCCUGGAGCACGGCUCUGCCUGGAUCCCAGGCUACCAACACCUGCACAGGCUGGGAGCCUGCUGCCCUGCGGUGCUCACGAGUCCAGGCUGUGUCCCCGAGGCUGCCCUGUCCCACUGUCACUGUCUCCACCCUGCUGACCAAACCCUAAAGCCUCUGUAGAAAUUAGGAGCCACCUGUGAUCCCCCAGCAGUGAACUGGUCACACAGCCCGGGCAGCCCCACACCAGCAGUGAGCUCCAUCCUGGUCAGAGCCAAGGAAAGACUGGGAAUGAGGGCUCUGCUCCAGCCCCACCACCCCAGGAAGGACAGCACCAGGCACUGCAAGGACACUGCCAACAGCACCACGUGGCUGUUGUGAAAAGCGGAUUUUGGGCCACUCUUCAGCUGUCAAAGCCAUGGCUGAAUCCACAGGCCCAGCUGGAAGAGGUCUGAGGUGCAGGAUCCCCCAA